AUGUCCAGCAAAGUAGACUUCCUCACCCAACCUCCUGGCAAACCCGAUGAACCCUGUGUGCUCUUCUUCCUCGGCUGUGGACUCAUUGUAAUCCCGACCUCGAACUCGGUGAUGCGCCUCAUAGUGACGGGCGAAGAGACGGGAAACGCAUUCUGCAUCGUUGGAACCGGCGGCACCUCAUUAGACCCUAUCGGCUUCCAUUACCACCGUCAAGCGCAUGAUAUUUUCUUGUGCCUCAAGGGCGAAGUCAACGUUUGGGCUAAUGAUGAAAGCAGAACGCUGACGCCCGGCGACCUUGCCAGCGUGCCACCAAUCUCCGCCGAACACACUGAGUUCGUUGGCCCCAUCAUGCCCAGCGGCUGGGAAGACUUCUUCUGGUUCAUCGGGGAGCCGUACCAAGGCCCUAUUUUCCCCGACAACGACACCCGCAAUCCCUUCGAGGCCCUGGUUCUGAAGCUCGUCGCUGCAACGGAGAAAUACGACAUGGUGCCCGUCCGAAAUCACCCAGCUGUGCUUCUGAUGCCGCACUGA